CGGUGUGGGGCGUGCGGGUCGCUGGCGGCGCUUCUCGGCUGCUGCGGGAAGCGGAACCUUAGGAGGGCGCGAGCGCGCGGCCGCUCGGGGACAGUCGCGGCCACAGCCUCUUCUGCGAGGGCUUUCUGUUCCAAAAUUAGUCACGACUUCUCCUUUACAAAAGAGGCUUGGGCUGAAACUACAAAGAGGAAGGUAACUGUUAGGACAGGAGAGAGCCGCCGGCGAGGAGCCUGGGCUCUGAUCCAGGUCACCGCCGCCCCUGCUCUUGGAGUGGACCAUGGACGCCGGGGCCUCCCGACGCCGGCGCGCCCGGGUCUCCGCGCGGGAGCCGGAACCCGAGGAGGUGCUGGACCUGAGCCGGCUCUCCCCGGAGCUGCUUCUGCUGGUGCUGAGCCACGUGCCCCCGCGCACGCUGCGAACCUCCUGCCGCCGGGUGUGCCGGGACUGGCGUGCCCUGGUGGACAGCCGCUUGUGGAUGCGCAUCCUGGCCCGGGAGCAGGGCGCCCUGCUGCCGCUUGUCCGCAGCUGCCUGCCGGCGCGCCUCGACGUCAGGCCUGGCCUCCUGAGAUGCCUCCAGGCCCGUCCUCCUGAGCCGCGCGUCCUCCUGAGCCGCUUCUGCGAGCUCCGACCGUUCGGGCGCAACCUCAUCCUCAAUCCCGGCGGCCAGGAAGGCCUGCAGGGUUGGACGGUGCAGCACGGUGGGGAGGGCUGGGUGGUGGAGGUAAACCUGACACAGGUGCCAGGGGCCCCCUCGCAGAACUGUUUCGUGUCUUCCUACAAGUGGUGUCGCAAAAAACAGGUCUUGGACCUGGUGGAGAAGGGUUUGUGGCCAGAGCUUCUAGAUAGCAGCAAGAUUGAGAUCUGUGUCUCUGACUGGUGGGGAGCCCGAGACGACUGUGGUUGUGUGUACCGACUCCUUGUCCAGCUUCUGGAUGCCAGGCUGAACGUCCUGGAUGAAUCCUCUUCUUCCCCCCAUCCCGUCCAGCAGGGGAACAACCACGUCUGCUUUCAGGUCACCCACGUGUUCUCCAACAUCAAGACGGGCGUUCGCUUUGUGUCUUUCAAACACUGGGGCCAGGACACGCAGUUCUGGGCUGGUCACUAUGGAGCCCGUGUCACCAACUCCAGUGUGGUCAUGCGGGCCCGACUGUCUUAGUGGAGAGCUACCCUUGAAAAACAACCUCAGCGGUGCCUUCCGGGACCUGGGACCGCUGGCCAGGACUUCU